CGCGGAUUGUGGAGUGAGGCGCGGGGGGUGCUGGGAUUCCGUGGCUCCCCGUGGCCGGUGUUUCGGGUGGGCGGAGCCUGUGCGGGGCCGUCACUGAGCCCGGGUCGGUGGAGUGAAUCUGGUGACGGACCCCGUGACCCCGCGGCCCCCCCACCGCCUCGCGCUGACAGCCUUCCUGUGUUUUGGUUUUGGAUCACGUGACGGGGUGUGGCCUGGCGGAGGGGCGUGGCUUGUUACUUCCUCGCUCGCGGCUGCAAAGCUAGGUGAGCUGUGACGUCACUUCAUCACUGAAUGGGUUAAUGACUGUGAUAGAGUGCAAGCUCCUGGGGUCAGUGUGUACUGACAGGGUUAAUGGAGUGCAAGCUCCUGGGGUCAGUGUAUGCUGGCACUGUUAAUAGAGUGCAAGCUCCUGGGGUCAGUGUAUGCUGGCACUGUUAGGGUUAAUAGAGUACAAGCUCCUGGGGUCAGUGUAUGCUAGUACUGUUAGGGUUAAUAGAGUGCAAGCUCCUGGGGUCAGUGUAUGCUGGCAGUGUUAAUAGAGUGCAAGCUCCUGGGGUCAGUGUAUGCUGGCACUGUUAGGGUUAAUAUAGUGCAAGCUCCUGGGGUCAGUGUAUGCUAGCAGUGUUAACAGAGUGCAAGCUCCUGGAGUCAGUGUAUACUGGCAGUGUUAAUAGAGUGCAAGCUCCUGGGGUCAGUGUGUACUGACAGUGUUAAUAGAGUGCAAGCUCCUGGGGUCAGUGUAUAUUGGCAGUGUUAAUGGAGUGCAAGCUCCUGGGGUCAGUGUAUAUUGGCAGUGUUAAUGGAGUGCAAGCUCCUGGGGUCAGUGUAUAUUGGCAGUGUUAAUGGAGUGCAAGCUCCUGGAGGUCAGUGUGUACUGACAGUGUUGAUAGAGUGCAAGCUCCUGGGGUCAGUGUAUAUUGGCAGUGUUAAUGGAGUGCAAACUCCUGGGGUCAGUGUGUACUGACAGUGUUAAUAGAGUGCAAGCUCCUGGGGUCAGUGUAUAUUGGCAGUGUUAAUGGAGUGCAAGGUCCUGGGGUCAGUGUAUAUUGGCAGUGUUAAUGGAGUGCAAGCUCCUGGAGGUCAGUGUGUACUGACAGUGUUAAUAGAGUGCAAGCUCCUGGGGUCAGUGUAUAUUGGCAGUGUUAAUGGAGUGCAAACUCCUGGGGUCAGUGUGUACUGACAGUGUUAAUAGAGUGCAACCUCCUGGGGUCAGUGUAUAUUGGCAGUGUUAAUGGAGUGCAAGCUCCUGGGGUCAGUGUGUACUGACAGUGUUAAUAGAGUGCAAGCUCCUGGGGUCAGUGUGUACUGGCAGGGUUAGUGUUAAUAGAGUGCAAGCUCCUGGGGUCAGUGUAUACUGGCAGUGUUAAUAGAGUGCAAGCUCCCCGGGUCAGUGUAUGCUGGCACUGUUAGGGUUAAUAGAGUGCAAGCUCCCGGUGUCAGUGUGUGCUGGCACUGUUAGGGUUAAUAGAGUGCAAGUUCCUGGGGUCAGUGUAUACUGGCAGUGGUAGUGUUAAUAGAGUGCAAGCUCCUGGGAUCAGUGUUGGGGUUAUAAAGUGCAAGCUCCUGGGUCAGUGUUAGAGUUAAUAGAGUGCAAGCUCCUUGGUCAAUGUUACCGUUAUAGAGUGCAAGCUCCUGGGGUUAUUGAUAAUAGAGCCCAAGCUGUUGGGGUGUAUGUGUGCUGGCAAUGCAGGGAUUUGAAGGGGACUCGCCACUACCAAAUAACCAAGUCAGUGUUUUGUAGAUAUACCCCCAAAUAAUAAUGUAGUAUUUACUUAUCUAUUAUUUUCACUUGGUUUAUAUCUAAACACAGCCUGGAAAUGAUGCCGAUCUCUUGUCUGCACCCUUUACAAUCCAUCCCCUUCUUACCCUGCCCAGACCUUCUGUGGCUGUCUAAUCACAUACUCUUAAAGGAUCACUAUAGUGUCAUGGAAAACAAAGCGUUUUUCCUGACACUAUAGUGCCCUGAGGAUGCCCCCACCCUCAGGGACCCCUUCCCAUGGCGAAAACCCCUUCAGCCACUUACCUUAAUCCAGCGCCGGGCUCCCUCGGCGCUGGUGACCACUCCUCCCCCGCGACGUCAGCUCCCCCGUCUGACGUCAGCGGAGCCGAAUGCGCAUUCAAAGUGUCCAUAGGAAAGCAUUUCUCAAUGCUUUCCUAUGGACGCUCUGUGUGAUGGAGGCGAAAUGUGCCUCCAGCGUCACAGAUGCGCCUCUAGUGGCUGUCCGGAAGACAGCCACUAGAGGCUGGAUUAACCCCAAAUGUAAACAUAGCCGUUUCUCUGAAACGGCUAUGUUUGCAUCUGAAGGGUUAAAACCUGAGGGACCUGUCACCCAGACCUCUUCAUUGAGCUUAAGUGGUCUGGGUGACUAUAGUGUCCCUUUAAUGCAGCUAAAUGAGAAGUAUUUGGAAGGCCGUUACUUUGGGCCAUUGGUGCCUCUUGAGUUCAGUUCAGCUGAGCUUAUAAAACCAGGAAGUAACAGGACCAAUUAUCUGAUUGACAGGUGGGGGGGAGGGUAACAAGGUUAAUUUAUAAAAGCGACAAUUUUUAUUGAAAUUUGCACACUCUUCACAUAUAAAGCAUUUCAGCAAGAUAGGAGUGUGUCUAGUGUUCCUUUAAUCCAGAAGUUGAAAUGAUGUGGCACUCUCAGGGAAAAAGGUAUAGGAACAAAUGCUCCUCCGGUACUUUGUAGUAGAGGCCCUCAACCUCUCAAGAGGUAGAAUAUAAAUCAUUGAUAAAACGGGGUAGGUGCUGAGCCUAAAUAGUUCUUAUUUGGAUAUAUGCAACGACAAGGAAAAAGAACAGAAGAAACUAAUAGUGUAAUAUAUUAAAACUGUUGUUGGUAUAAAUAAGAUAAAAUGCGCAGACACGCUUUUAUGGAGCUUCAAUGUAGCUCCAACUUAUGUGCCUGGGCGAAUGAUUCCCACCUAAGGAUAUAGUGCAGUGCAGAUGCUAUGUGGUCGUAGUUGUGGAAGGUAUCCUCAUUAUUAUUAUUAUUAUUAUUAUUAUUAUUUAUAUAGCGCCUUCAGAUUCUGUAGCGCUGUACAAUGGGUGGACUAACAGACAUGUAAUUGUAACCAGACAACUGGACGUACAGGAACAGAGGGGUGGAGGGCCCUGCUCCAUUAGCUUACAUUCUCAUAAACAUAACAGAUCAAAAUCGUAGUAUUGUUUAGUACAUUGAGCUUUGAAGCAGGGGUAGGUAUAAAUAUAAAAUAUGCACUCACAUGCAGUGCAGCCCUAAGAUUUGCUCCAAAAAUAGCGCGGGAAGUGGUAUGAUAAUCUCUCAAGGAAAUAGGUGUUGUCAGUAUCUCUCCGUAGGUAUGUAUAUAGAAAGAUACAAAAUAAAAACCAUAGCGUCUGACCUGCUUGAGCAGAGAUGAGCAGGGCUGGAACUAGAGGACGGAUGGCUCAUCUUAAAGGGACACUGUAGGCACUCAGACCACUUCAGCUAAUUGAAGUGCUGUGACCCUUUUGCACUUAGUGCUGCAAUGUAAAACAUUGCAGUUCCAGAGAACUAGGAACACCUCUCCAAAGUGCCAGACGCCGUCGAAUGUGAGCAUUUGCCCACUCAAGUCUGUUACGACGUCGAACUGCAGUCAGGUCAAGACCCCAAUGAGGACGACGAGCAUGCAGAUGAGCUUCCGUGAGACGGUUUCUGACAAUUUGUGCAGAAAUUCUUUGGUUAUGCAAACCGAUUGUUGCAGCAGCUGUCCGGGUGGCUGGUCUUGGAGGUGAAGAUGCUGGAUGUGGUGUUCCUGGGCUGGUGUGGUUACACGUGGUCAGUGGUUGCACGCUCCCUCAAAACUUGCGACAUCUGUGGCAUUGUGUUGUGUGAUAAAACUGCACAUUUAGAGUGGCCUUUUUAUUGUGGCCAGCAUAAGGCACACCUGUGCAAUAAUCAUGCUAUCUAAUCAGCAUCUUGAUAUGCCACACCUGUGAGGUGGAUGGAUUAUCGGCAAAGGAGAAGUGCUCACUAACACAGAUUUACACAGAUUUGUGAACAAUAUUGGAGAGAAAUAGACCUUUUGUGUACAUAGAAAAAGUCCUAGAUCUUUAAUUCUAGCUCAUGAAAAAUGGGGGCAGUAACAAAAGUGCUGCACUUAGAAUUUUGUUCAGUGUAUAUAAAUAAUAAUAAAAUAAAGAGUAAAAAAUAGAUAAAACAGUAUCAAUAGUACACUUUUGUCAAAGUACUUUAUUUUUAAAAAAUAAAUAAAAUAAAAACAGUAACAAAGAGAAAAAUAGAUAAAACGUAUAAAGAGUACACUUAAAGGACCACUAUAGUGCCAGGAAAACAUACUAGUUUUCCUGGCACUAUGGUGCCCCCACCCUCAGGGUCCCCCUCCCGCUGGGCUGGAUGGAGAGGAAAGGGUUAAACUUACCUCUUUCUCCAGCGCCGGGUGUGGAGCUCUCCGCCUCCUCUCCUCCUCUUCGGCUGAAUGCGCAUGCGUGGCAGGAGCCGCGCGCGCAUUCAGCCAGUCCAUAGGAAAGCAUUCUCAAUGCUUUCCUAUGGACGCUGGCGUCUUCUCACUGUGAAACCCCAUAAACAUAGCAGUUUCUCUGAAAUAGAAAAAAGGGUUAACCCUAGCUGGACCUGGCACCCAGACCACUUCAUUAAGCUGAAGUGGUCUGGGUGCCUAUAGUGGUCCUUUAACCCCUUAACGCCGUUACGGCGUUCUAUGCCGUCCCGCAUUUAAAGGGCUUUAAAGCUGUUGCGGCGGCAUAGGUACUUACCUCCACCGCGAUCCUCUUCUGGAGGGCUGCCUGACAGCCCAGGCAGCCCUCCCCCGGCAAAUGAGGCCCCCAGGGGCCAUCUGAUUGCUCUCAAAGAGCGAUCACAUGGCCCCCUAUAGCUUGCUGUGGAUCUGCCAGCAGGGGGACUGUCUGAAAUAUCAGACAGUCCCCCUGCUGGUGGGAAAGUAAAAAUAAAAUUAAUUAAACAUGUUUAAAAUAAAUUAAAAGUAUUUAUAUAUAUAUAUAUAUAUAUAUAUAUAUAUAUAUAUAUAUAACUAUCUUCCCAGGCCCCAGCACUCAAUGUUCCCGGUCUUUUCCAUGCUCCGGUGCAAGUAAUCUCUGACCAAUAUAUAGCAUCCAAGUAGAGAGCUAUAUACACAUAUAUAUAUAUAUAUAUAUAUAUAUAUAUAUAUAUAAUUACAAUAAUAAAUAAAUAAAAUAAUAAAAUAAAUAAAAUAUUGAAACAAAAUUUUAUAUAAAUUAUAUAUACAUAUGUAAUUUCAUUCUAACUGUAUUUUGUUAUUAAUAUAUAUAUAUAUAUUGGUAACAAAAUACACUUAGAAUAACAUUCUAUAUAUAUCUAUCUAUAUAUAAAAUACAAAUACCCGCAAAUAUAUAUAUAUAUAGAUAAAUACAUAUAAUUACAUAAAAGAUUACAUUAGUAUACACGUAGAAUUUAAAUACCUAUAAAUGCAUAUAUAUUAAAAUUCUAAGUGUAUAUUUAAGUAAUCUUUUAACAUAAUUAUGUGAUUUGAUUAAUUAAAAUUUGAUUGACAUGCCUGAAACACAGGGAGAAAGUGCAGAGAAUUUAAUUCGCAAGCACUAUAUUUGACCCUGUAACUCUCCAAGACACCAUAAAACCUGUAUAUAGGGGGUACUGUUUUACUCGGUAAACUUCGCUGAACUCAAAUAUUAGUGUUUCAAAAUGAUAAAUUGUAUUACAACGAUGAUAUUUUAAGUAAAAGUGACGUUGUUUGCAUUUCUUACAAACGAAUGGCACUUUUAUGGACUAUAUUAUUAUUGUAAUAUGUUUUACUGUUUUAAAACACUAAUAUUUGUGUUUAGUGAAGUCUCCCGAGAAUAACAGUACCCCCCAUGUACAGGUUUUAUGGUGUUUUGGAAAGUUAGAGAGUCUCACUUUUUAAUUUUUUUUUAUUCAUAAUAAAUUAUGUUCCAUAUAUGAGUAGUUAAUGAUAAAUUAAAGCCCUGUUUCUCCUGAACAAAAUGAUAUAUAAUAAGUGUGGGUGCACCUAAUGUGACAGCGGUGAAUUACGGGUGAACAGACAUAUAGCGCAAAUUCCAGUUUUUGUUUACGUUUUGUUUUGAUCAGAACGUGCACUAUUGACUCCUUUCUGAAGGGGUUAAAGUAAAGGUAAGUACAAUGUUCUUAUUACUUCACUUAGGGAGGAUCUAAGUAGGUAGCAGGACACUAUAUUGUUAUUAAUACAUGUUUGUAUUUCUAUUGUUAUAAUGUCACUUUAACACGGCUAAACUUAUCCUAUGAUUGCUGGGAGUUGUAGUUGAAUUGACUGUUUUCUACUGUAGAACAGCUGAGUUCGACCUCCAUGGCAUCCCAUUGUACAGCGCUACGGAAUUUGUUGGCGCUAUAUAAAUAAUAAAAAAAAAAUAAUAAUAAUCAAGUACAACAGUGUGUAUUUAGUCAUUACGUAAGAUGUUGAUUUCCAGAUUAAUUUGUGUUUUGGUUCUUGGAUCAUUACUUUAACAUCACAUGUAAAUUAUUCUCAACAGCAACCAAAAUGUUUUAUUUUUCUGGUCUUGUGUUACAUGUUAAAUGGCUGCAGAGGGUGAUGAUAAAUUGAAAUCCAUAACAAAACAAAAAACAAACCACGUGCGUCUUUCUCGUACAGCUAUUCUGUUUUCAUCUCGUGUUCGAGGAUUGGCCAGCUUCGUCCCCCCUCACACCCUCUUUUUCUUAGUCAUUGCUUAGUUCCUUGGCUGCUGUGUAUUAACCCUUUAACUCAUUUAUUACAAACCAUGUCAUUGUGGAAUCCCCAUAACAUUAAUAAUGUGUUAGCUGAUGGAUAUGUAUAGGUCACUGAAAUAAAUCCCCUUGUUUUGUAAAUAGUGUGUUUGAUUCUGGUAAGAGUUUACUGGAUGUCUAACAGAUGCUUAGCUGAGGGUGCAGCUGGAUGGGCCGUUUUUAUUGUAAUCCCUGUACACUCAGCGUACAAAUCCGCCAUUGUGUCUUCCUGAAGGUCUGUGUUUAACACCCCCUCUUUUGAUCAUACAUCUGCUUUGUGUUGGCUCGUUUCACUCUCUCCCUCCGCGUCAAGCUGUCUCUUGUUUUGUUCUAUUUCUCCAAACCACUUCCGCUUUGCUUACUUAUUUCAUUUGCAAAGUGCUGAUAUUUCUGUCCUGGGAAGUACAAAUGAUACAAUACUCAAGGUUACAUGUUUACCUGUCCUGGCACAGGAAGCUGUAAUUCAGUUAUAUUCAAUCUGUAUGUAGAAUGGACAGGGGAUUGGGAAAAUUCCUACAUUCCCUCCUGAUAAAACUCCUCUAAUUAACCUGUUAAAGUCUGCGAUAUCACAUGAAUAUUGCUUAAUUCUCCUGGACGUUCGACACACUAGAUACCAUUUAAUAGAUAUAUCAGUCUUCUGUGUAUCUUAAGGUAAAACAGAAAUCUACUUCUCCGCCCCCUGCACUUGUUACUAGACUAUUUUAGAGAGUAUUGUACCCUUUCAGUGACUCGUACAUGGUUUCAGUUUGUGUUUUGGUUUGGUUGCAGCCGGUAGAUAUUUUUGAGAAACUAGCUAAACAUUUCUGCAGAUUUUCUGUAAUAACAGUUUGUUUUCAAACAUUUUUUAUUUUUUAUCUAGUUAGCUUAACUUUGCAAAUGAAAAUGUGUGCCCUUGCGUUGAGUACCGUUGUGACUGCGUUGUGUUCUCUCUCCCAAGGAUGGUGGGAGGGAUGAAGGACUGCCACAGACAGGUUUUGUUGAAGUCACGGAUUUUUCUAUCAAAUAAUAUGGAGCCCGACGAAGUGCUGGAGCAUCUUGUGGAAAAAGAAAUCUUGACAAAUGUAAUGUAUGCCAGAAUCAAGGUAAGGGGAAUAGUAAGAUCACUUAGUUUUAAGUGACGUUUUCUUAACAUACAUGUGUAACAGUUCAAGUGCUUUACUUACCUUAGCGUUUUCAUUUACCUUUCAGGCUUUUCCAGUGCAAUAUGAUCAGAAUAUUGCUUUACUGACUAUGCUACCAAAACGAGGGCCAAAAGCAUUUUCUGAAUUCUGCAAUGUUUUACGAGAGACUGGCCAGAAGUAUUUAGCUGAGGAACUGGAAAAUAAGCUAUGUUCUCUUGACACACCAGAGGUGGGUUUCAUCAUCAAACAUGUCCAGAUGCCCUGUGUCAGAGCAUUGAUAGGAUAAUGACAUAAAUCCAAACCUGGUUCUGGUUUUAUGUUGGUGCUUUCAGGGACAAGUGCUUUCUAAGGGACACUGGAGCUAACUGCUUUAAAGCCUCCACUGUUUAUUUAGCUUUGCGCCACACAGUAGCCUACAAUACUGUAAUAGCCAGUUUUGUAUUCACAAACGAUUACUAAACACCAUCCGUAGAGAAAAGAAAAUAACAGAUACAUUGAUUUGUAUUAAAAUAUAUAUACUGAUCAGCCACAACAUUAAAACCACUGACAGGUUAAGUGAAUAACAUUGAUUAUAUCAUUACAAUGGCACCUGUCAAGGGGCGGGAUAUAGUAGACAGCAAGUAACCAAUCAGCUCUUUUCAUGUGUUAAAAGCAGAAGAAAUGGACAAGUGAAACGGUUGGGUAACUGGGUAAGAACAACUCCAAAACAGCAAGUCUUGUGGGGUCUUCCAUAUAUGCUUUGGUUAGUACAAGGAAAUACAAUUGGUGAACCGGCGUUGGGGUCAUCGGCGCCCAAGGCUCAUUGAUACUUGUGGGGAGGGAAGUCUAGCCCGUCUGGUAGCUCAAAUUGCUGAAAAACGUAAUGCCUGCCAUAAUAGAAAGGUGUCAGAAAAACAGUGUAUGGAGUUUGGAGUAUGGGGCUGCAUAGUCCCAGACCUUUCAGAGUGCCCACCGCCAAAACCGCCUUUAAUGGGGAUGUGAGCGUCAGAAUUAGACAAAGAAAGAAGGUUGUUUGGUCUGAUGAGUCACAUUUUUUUUAGAUCGGUUGGUUGCCCGGGUCUGUGUGCGUUGUUUACCUGGUGAAGAGAUGGCAGCUAAUUGCACUACUGAUCUUAGAGCCAUAGUAAAUGAUUGUAGUAUCCAAUAGCAAUCAUCAAUCUUUUCUGGAAGAGACACAGAUUAGCCUGGCGACACAUUCAUCAAUUGUAACUUAUUAUGUAUUGAAUAAAGUUCUUCGGUGUCGUACCAGCCUUUGAGAAAAACCGCACCAUUAUACUAAGCUGGUGGAUAUAAAAUGCCUUCUCUAUAUAGGUUGGGCCUGCUGAAGGUAGGCAUGGUGAACCAGUUCUGACAAGGCACCAGUCAGUGUAGGAUGUAAAAGCUUAAAUAUAAAGUGUAAAAAUAGACAAAGGAUAUAAAAAUACACCAAAGUGUUAUGAGAACUAGGUAAUCAGACUCUGCUAAUGCUUGUGAUGGAGUAUACUAAUUUAAUCAUUUCCUAAUUAAUAAAUUAGAGUCCCAGUAAUGUUGGCCUCGAUUUGCAACUAUUAGUCACUGUUCUUCAUAGCAAGUUCUUAGAGAGAGAAAAAAAAGUAAAAAAGAAUAUUUUUUUUGUAAGAAAUAUUAAUAAACCAAUUGAAUUGCUGCAAAAAUUGAGUUUUUACAAUAAUAUUGGUUAGGUCUUAAAAGUAGCAACAUAUUUAAAAGGACACUAUAGUCACCAGAACAACUACAGCUUAGUUGUUCUGUUGAGUGAAGUCAGUCCCUGCAGGCAUUUUGUUGCAAACACAGAAAAGAGGCAAUGUUUACAUUACAACCUAGGGAGACCUCCAGUGGCCACUCCUCAGACGGCCACUAGAGGUGCUGCAUUGUGUGCAGCACUGGCACUCAGCGUCUCCUCUUUCUGCGUCUCUAUGAGGAGAUGCUGAUUGGACAGAAUGGCGUUUGGCUCCGUCCUCACCCGCCUCCUUGGCUGAGAUCAUCUAAAUUACUGAUCUCAGCCAGUCCAAUGCUUUCCUAUUGGAAAGCAUUGUGACUGGUUGAAAUCAUUUCUUCUGAUAAUGACAGCCAAGGAGGCAGACAUGCAUAAAAAUGGAAAUAAGGUAAGAUUUUACUAUAUCUUUGGGGGCUAGAUAGGGAUUUUAACACUAUAGGGUCAGCAAUACACGUCUGCGUUCCUGACCCUAUGGUGUUCCUUUAAUAUUUGCACAGCAGAUUCAAAAACUGUCCAAACUAGAGCAGAUUAAAAACUGCUGAAGCUUUCUGCACUCCCUUUUGGCUUGGAGAAAAGCCAGUAGUAUUUUACAAAUCUCUCAAUAAGACAUUUACAAUGACAAAUACAAUUAUUUAUCUAGCACCAACGUAUUAGGCAGCACUGUACAAGAGUUAAACAAGACAGCAAAACAUGUUUGACAAACAGAAUCAAUUGGUGAAGAUAGCCCUGUGCAAACAAACUCACAAUCUAAACAUUCAUGUUCUUGUUUUAUUCCUCGCAUAACGGACAGACUAAAUAAAUCUGUUUAUCGGACCUAUAUAUACCUGCCCCCAGCUUUCACAGGUGUACGAUCCCUGCUUUUUUCAAGUCCUUUAUUUAAAGGGAAGCAUUAGUUAAAUCUCCUGUGUCUGGAAUGGCAUUUUUUUGCAUCAGUCGUUUCUUUAAGCAUUUGCGUAUUUUUAAAGAAUUCCGACCUUGAAUUCUAUAAUAUAUUUUAGCUGACUGAGAGUUGGAAUACUUAGCUCAAUUUCCUGCUGCUUUCUAAUUGUGCUUGCAAUUUGUUUCUGGGGGUGAAAGGGUUAGCAAUCACAAUCUGUCUGCACUAGAACGAAAUAAUGGUAAAAAUAUCCCUUUUACUAUCACCCAAAUUAGACGGAAGGCAAUGCUUCUUUCUCAGUCAGUUUCUAAUGCCUUAACCUGUGCCAACAGAUGGGAAUAUAGAUUUGUCUUUUAUCUCUGUGUUCUAGCUCCUAACAUCCAUUUACCGUGCUUUGUUUAUAAUAACAUCUUUCUUUUGUUGCAGCAGAAGACCUUGCCAUACCCUGUACACGAGACAGGCGUCAGAAGAAUGCUCUGGACAGGUAAAUAUUUGCGGGUACAAUUUGUUACAUUGCCUCCUUUACCUGUGACCAGCAUGCACCACCCUCCUGUAACAGUAUUAGUGAAGAACUAUGAGUAAAGGUAUGCCCUAAAUUUAAAAUAAGGAUCCUGGGAGAUUUUAUAAACUUGUGCAAAUAGUUCCAUUCGUGUUUUCCUCAUUGAAACUACACAAGAUGUUGUAUUCUUAAUUGUAAUUUUGUGCAGCUUUUAAAUGAGAGCUGUGUUCCAGAUCCAGUCAGUUUAUAGGACGUGUGAAGUUCUAUCAUUUAAAGCUGUUUUGGACUAUAGUUAGCUGAUUUCCUUAUCCUUGUCUCUGUAAAUUUCACUGGAGAAUAUGUGGUACUGGUUCAAUUCUCACAGUUGUAGGUUUGAUCACCCACCCAGACACGCAGCCCUCACAGUUCAUCCAUCCAAGGUCAAUAAAAUAAGUGCUAUUGAUUAAGUUAAUAUCUGUAGUAGAUGCACACAUUGUCAGUUAGCCAGAAAUAGCAUGCCUGCAACGUUAAUUCUUUCAAAAACUUUCAUCUGUAUUUUCCUGUCUGUCAUUCUUGUCAUAUAUUCAAUUACUGAGCUUCAAAUAAAUCUAAUAAUGGAGUUCAAAUUAACAAGUUUGGAAGAGCGAAGGUGUUGCCAUGUAAAUUUCAGAUAUUUGAUCAUUUAAACAAUAAUGAACACUGUUGGUUUGGUGAAACUACCAAUUGUCUUGAGGAACUAAUGUUACUAUAUUUAAAGAACAUUUAUAUUUUCUUCACUGGGGAAUCCAUUUUUCCACUAAUGUAUACUUCUUUUUUGGUUAAUGAAUUUGAUCUUAUUACACAUAAUGGUGGCUGAGGUUUCACAUAGUCAGUUGUAAGUAAACAAUUAAAGCCAAUUAAAUUUUUUAUAUUGGCAAUUAUUCUUGGCAAGACAAAACUUGUAAGGUAAACUAAACCUGUAUUCUCAUCUUUCUGACUUUUAUACAAUAAACCGUGUUGUACGAAGAGAAUUAGAAUAUGCAUAGAUGACAUGAUUGCUCAACCAACCUGAAUAUGAAUAAAACGUUCUUUGUUUCCGUGUGAAUAGUCUCUGCAAGAUUAAAGACUAGUAAAGUCAGACUAAACAGACCAAUUUAAUCAUGGAAGCUUCCAGCUCUAUUUGUUUUGUGGGAGGGGUCACCGCUAAGACGAUAUUCACGUUAACCUGUGUUUUCUUUCAGAAUCCCCUGACUAUUCUAUUGAUGAUGGAGAUGGCCCGAUCGUGGUUUCAUUUUGCAGUGUUGAUUUCUACCUGUCUCAUCAUAAUGAGGUCAGUAAAUCUCGAUACGUUCCUAUUUCAAAAUCGAUACAGAAAGUCUCUAAAGUGAAGGCAUUAUGGCUGACUGAGAUUAUCAGUUCUCUAAAGGGAAACAGUGGUCAAAACUAUGCUGCAUUUUUUAUGUAUUAUAUUUGUGAGUUUAAGUGUUUUAAAUAAAUAAAACAAAAAAAACAACAUAUUUUAAAGACCCACAAAUUUUACAGCUUAGAAAAUCUGACUAUACCUUCAAGCAGAUUCCUCCCUCUCCAGGAAGAUACUCCACCAACCAGAAGCCUCUCAUUUUCAUAUAUGGGUUCUAAUCUUAUGGAAUAAGUAGUUUAUACCCAGAGAGCAAUUUACUCAUCACAUAUAAUUAUGAGCUGAUGUCUAAGUAUAGCUCAGUUUGGCAGGGGUAAAGCAACAGCCAUUGUCCCUGACUCAUUUAUGCCAUGUUAUCCUGCAGACGCUGCUUUACCUUUAGAAUUAUGCUAUGUACAUGAAGCAUUAGGGCAGUGGUUCCAAACUUUUUUUCAACUGACUACCGCUUGGCAGCCUAUUACGAUAAUUUGUACCCUCAUAUUAUCAUAAUGUUUGUUAUUAUAACGCUCUUUUUCUGCCCCAAGAUCUCCCUGCUCUUCCUCUGUCCCAGGCUCCCUUACCUCAGGCCCCCCCUGCUUCUCUUCUGUUCCAACUAAGUAUAAUGUAUAUAUUACAAAUACAUUUAUUUACAUACACACACACACCGACAGUCAUCCACAUACACAGAUGCAAACACUGCUACACAUGCGGAUGCACAGAUACAAACACUGACACACAUGCAGAUACACACACAGAUGCAAACACUGACACCAUACAGCUGCACAGACACACUAGUACACGCACUGACACACAUGCAGAUACACAAAUAUAAACACUGACACAUACAGAUACACACACUGGCAUGCAUACAGAUGUACAGACACACAUACAAACCUUGACACACAUGCAGAUACACAGAUACAAACACUGCCACAACUGCAGAUACACACACACACUGAUACAAACACUGACAAACUUACAGAUGUACAGAUACACAGACUCAGACAUACACCCUGACACACAUGCAAAUACAAACACUACAGACACUUAAAACACAAACAUUCAGGUCACAAUUUUAGCCACCCUUCAGUUUUCUUGCUGGAGGGUGGCUCGCUGUUAUACCUUCGCUUCAGCUGGUUUGAGUGGGCUGGGUGAAAGUGACCGGCUGCCACUUCCUUCCAGCUCUCCAUCUAUUAAAGCAUGUAGUGCACGACUGGGCCCCUUAGAUGUCCGUUGAAUGGCUCUAGGUGCAUGGGCCACCCGACGGACCUGCAAUUCCCAGCCUGUGUGGUGGGUUUGCACCGGCGGCAGAACUGCCAUUACUGAUUUGUUUUUGUGUACCACGAGGGCACAGAAUUGUACCCCUGCGAGUACGUAUACACAGGUUGUGAACCCCUGCAUUAGGGGAAGAUGGUUAUGGUUCCUGGCAUCUUAUGCAAAACAAGGGGCAACAUAGGUCUGACAUGAUGACAGACCAGUAACAGAACCAUUGUUUACCAUGAAAUCCUACACAACUGCAUAUCAUUUGAUAUAUUCUCACCAUUUAGUAAAUAAUGAUACAGUGUUCCCUCAAACCAGUCCCAAAUCACUGCUGCUUAGGUGAUGAACUUUUUAUAAAAAAUAAAUACAGAGAUUGCACCUAAUUUUCUGUCUGCAUUAGGCGUACAAGCUUACCUCUUGUCCACGUGGUCUCGCCUUAAUCAUCAGCAACACAAAGUUUUCUACUCCGGACUUGGAUUUUCGGCAUGGGGGAGAUGUGGAUUUGGCCUCUCUGACGCAGCUAUAUUCCCGUCUGGGUUAUAAAGUUAUCCCACACAAUAAUCUAACCGCUCAGGUAACAAAACUGGAAACUGCAGGUCUUUAUUGCAAAGUUUUUUUACUCACAUACAGCACUCUAAUAACCCUUACACGAAAUACAAUGUACACGUGAACCAACUGCUUUAAUGGCUCACAUACAGCACUCUAAUAACUCCUACAUUAAAUACAAUGUACACAUGAACUAACUGCUGUAAUGGCUCACAUACAGCACUCUAAUAACUCCUACAUUAAAUACAAUGCACAUGUGAACCUACUGCUUUAAUGGCUCACAUACAGCACUCCAAUAACUCCUACAUUAAAUACAUUGCACACGUGAACCAACUGCUUUAAUGGCUCAGAUACAGCACUCUAAUAACUCCUACAUUAAAUACAAUGUACACAUGAACCAACUGCUUUAAUGGCUCACAUACAGCACUCUAAUAACCCCUACAUUAAAUACAAUGUACACAUGAACUAACUGCUUUAAUGGCUCACAUACAGCACUCUAAUAACCCUUACACGAAAUACAAUGUACACAUGAACUAACUGCUUUAAUGGCUCACAUACAGCACUCCUAUAACCCCUACAUUAAAUACAAUGUACAUGUGAACCUACUGCUUUAAUGGCUCACAUACAGCACUCCUAUAACCCCUACAUUAAAUACAUUGUACACGUGAACUAACUGCUUUAAUGGCUCACAUACAGCACUCUAAUAACCCCUACAUUAAAUACAAUGUACACCUGAACUAACUGCUUUAAUGGCUUACAUACAGCACUCUAAUAACCCUUACACGAAAUACAAUGUACACAUGAACUAACUGCUUUAAUGGCUCACAUACAGCACUCCUAUAACCCCUACAUUAAAUACAUUGUACACGUGAACUAACUGCUUUAAUGGCUCACAUACAGCACUCUAAUAACUCCUACAUUAAAUACAUUGCACACGUGAACUAACUGCUUUAAUGGCUUACAUACAGCACUCUAAUAACCCUUACACGAAAUACAAUGUACACGUGAACUAACUGCUUUAAUGGCUCACAUACAGCACUCUAAUAACUCCUACAUUAAAUACAAUGUACACAUGAACUAACUGCUUUAAUGGCUCACAUACAGCACUCCUAUAACCCCUACAUUAAAUACAUUGCACACGUGAACUAACUGCUUUAAUGGCUCACAUACAGCACUCUAAUAACUCCUACAUUAAAUACAAUGUACACAUGAACCAACUGCUUUAAAGGCUCACAUACAGCACUAUAAUAACUCCUACAUUAAAUACAAUGUACAUGUGAACCUACUGCUUUAAUGGCUCACAUACAGCACUCUAAUAACAGCUACAUUAAAUACAAUGCACACAUGAACCAACUGCUUUAAUGGCUCACAUACAGCACUCUAAUAACUCCUACAUUAAAUACAAUGCACAUGUGAACCUACUGCUUUAAUGGCUCACAUACAGCACUCCAAUAACUCCUACAUUAAAUACAUUGCACACGUGAACCAACUGCUUUAAUGGCUCACAUACAGCACUCUAAUAACUCCUACAUUAAAUACAAUGUACACGUGAACCAACUGCUUUAAUGGCUCACAUACAGCACUCUAAUAACUCCUACAUUAAAUACAAUGUACACAUGAACCAACUGCUUUAAUGGCUCACAUACAGCACUCUAAUAACCCCUACAUUAAAUACAAUGUACACAUGAACUAACUGCUUUAAUGGCUCACAUACAGCACUCUAAUAACCCUUACACGAAAUACAAUGUACACAUGAACUAACUGCUUUAAUGGCUCACAUACAGCACUCCUAUAACCCCUACAUUAAAUACAAAGUACAUGUGAACCUACUGCUUUAAUGGCUCACAUACAGCACUCCUAUAACCCCUACAUUAAAUACAUUGUACACGUGAACUAACUGCUUUAAUGGCUCACAUACAGCACUCUAAUAACCCCUACAUUAAAUACAAUGUACACGUGAACUAACUGCUUUAAUGGCUUACAUACAGCACUCUAAUAACCCUUACACGAAAUACAAUGUACACAUGAACUAACUGCUUUAAUGGCUCACAUACAGCACUCCUAUAACCCCUACAUUAAAUACAAUGUACACAUGAACCAACUGCUUUAAUGGCUCACAUACAGCACUCUAAUAACCCCUAUAUUAAAUACAAUUUACACAUGAAAUAACUGCUUUAAUGGCUCACAUACAGCACUCUAAUAACUCCUACAUUAAAUACAAUGUACAUGUGAACCUACUGCUUUAAUGGCUCACAUACAGCACUCUAAUAACUCCUACAUUAAAUACAAUGCACACGUGAACCUACUGCUUUAAUGGCUCACAUACAGAACUCUAAUAACAGCUACAUUAAAUACAAUGUACACAUGAACCAACUGCUUUAAUGGCUCACAUACAGCACUCUAAUAACUCCUACAUUAAAUACAAUGCACAUGUGAACCUACUGCUUUAAUGGCUCACAUACAACACUCCAAUAACCCCUACAUUAAAUACAAUGUACACAUGAACCAACUGCUUUAAUGGCUCACAUACAGCACUCUAAUAACCCCUACAUUAAAUACAAUGAACACAUGAACCAACUGCUUUAAUGGCUCACAUACAGCAUUCUAAUAACCCCUACAUUAAAUACAAUGUACACAUGAACUAACUGCUUUAAUGGCUCACAUACAGCACUCUAAUAACCCUUACACGAAAUACAAUGUACACAUGAACCAACUGCUUUAAUGGCUCACAUACAGCACUCUAAUAACCCCUACAUUAAAUACAAUGUACAUGUGAACCUACUGCUUUAAUGGCUCACAUACAGCACUCCUAUAACCCCUACAUUAAAUACAAUGUACACAUGAACUAACUGCUGUAAUGGCUCACAUACAGCACUCCUAUAACCACUAUAUUAAAUACAAUGUACACAUGAACUAACUGCUUUAAUGGCUCACAUACAGCACUCUAAUAACUCCUACAUUAAAGUCAUUGUACAUGUGAACCAACCGCUUAAAUUACUCCCAUACUGCACUCUAAUAACCUAUACAUUAAAUACAAUGCAGAACCUGUAAAGUAGACACAUACUAACAGCUCUAGAAACUCUCUCUGCAUACAUGCUGCAUGUGUAAUGUUAUCUCCUUUUAUCUCCUACCUCAGGACAUGCUCUGUAAACUAGACACAUUCUCCAAACUUUCAGAGCAUGCAGAUCUGGAUUCAUGCAUUGUAGCCCUUCUUUCUCAUGGGGUUGAUGGUGCUGUGUAUGGGACUGAUGGCCAGCUGGUCCAGGUAUGUAUGUCAUCCUAAAUCCAUUAAUCACAUGAGAGUGGAUGAAGGCUUGUGGUGCGGAGUGGCCUGUAACUGAGGAGCAGUGGGGAUGAAGGCUUGUGCUGGGGAGCAGUGGGGAUGAAGGCUUGUGGUGAUGAGUGGGCCAGUAACUGAGGAGCAGUAGGGAUAAAGGCUUGUGGUGGGGAGCUGCGCAACAAUUGAGCAGACUUAUGGUGUGGAGCGGCCUGUAAAUGAGGAGUAGGCGAAAUGCAGGCUUGUGGUGGGAGUAUAUUGUAACUGAGGAGCAGGGGGUAGGAAAUAUUGUGGUGGGAGCAGCCUGUAACCAGGGCCGGACUGGGAAUUAAAAGCAGCCCUGGAAAAAAAAUAUUUACCAGCCCCAUAAUGCGUCGCACCAGCAUAGUGUGCAGAUACAGAGUUAGAACAGAUAACUUAAAAUUAAAAAGUACUUCAACGUAAAAAGCGCACUCAUAGGCUUCAAAAUAAACAAAAGUGCAGAUUUAUUUUAAGCAGACGUGCCUUUGCAUGUAAUCAAUGUUUCAGUCCAACUACCUUGACAUAUUAAGGAAAGCUUGUUAAUGGGACUGAAAUGGUGAAUGUAUGUAGGGCACAACUGUAAAAAAUGUUUAUUUUGAAGUCCUGUGGGUGUGCUCUUCACUUUAAAUGUUAUUGUGCUGGAGUAUGCACCUAGCAACAAGACUGGGCCAAUAUCUGCUCAUUACAUAUGGUACAUAUUAACCCCUUAAGGACUGGACUGUUUUUGCGAUGUUGUACAUUUGCGACCAGGCAUAUUUUUACACUUUUGUGGUGUUUGUGUUUGGCUGUAAUUUUCCGCUUUCUCAUUUACUGUUCCCAUACAAAUUAUAUAUUGUUUUUUCAGGACAAAAGGGGCUUUCUUUACAUACCAUUAUUUAUAUAAUCUCAUGUAUUUUAAUUUAAAAAAAAUAAAAAAAUAUGAUGAAAAAUUGAAAAAAAUACAUGUUUUUUGACUUUUACUUGAAAAUCUUUUACUCAUCUACAAAAGCGAAUGAAAAAAACUGCUAAAUAGAUUCAAAAUUUUGUCCUGAGUUGAAAAAUACCUAGUGUUUACGUGCUUUUUUGCUUUUUUUUGCAUGUUAUAGGGCUAUAGGUACAAGUAGGAUAUUGCGGUUUCAAAACAUACAUUUUUAAAAUUUAUCAAUAGUGACAUUGUAACACUAUUAUCUGUCAUAAAUCUCUGAAUAACACCCCACAUGUACAUAUUUUUUUUAAAGUAGACAACCCAGGGUAUUCAAUAUGGGGUAUGUCCAGUCUUUUUAGUAGCCACUUAGUCGAAAACACUGGCCAAAGUAAGCAUUCAUAUUUGUUUGUGUGUGAAAAAAGUAAAAAAACUAAAUUGAACGCUAAUUUUGGCCAGUGUUUGUGACCAAGUGGUUACUAAAAAAGACUGGACAUACCCCAUUUGCAAUACCUUGGGUUGUCUUCUUUUGCAAAUGGAAUGCCAUCAUGGGGGUAAUUCUCAUUCCUGGGCUACCAUACGCUCUCAAAGGCAACGUAACCAACCUGGCCAUUUUCAAUGUAAAAAUAUUUGACCCAUAUAUUUGACCUUGUAACUUUCAAAAAUGCUAUAAAACCUGUACAUGGGGGGUACUGUUUUACUCGGGAGACAUCGCUGAACACAAAUAUUAGUGUUUAAAACUGGAAAACGUAUCGCAACAAUUAUAUCAUCAGUAAAAGUGCUGUUUGUGUGUGAAAAAUGCAAAAAAAGUAACUUUCACUGACAAUAUCAUCACUGUGAUAUGUUUUACUGUUUUGAAUCACUAAUAUUUGUGUUCAGCGAAGUCUCCCGAGUAAAACAGUACCCCCAUGUACAGGUUUUAGGGUGUCUUAGAACCUUACAGGGUAAAAUACAGUGCUAGCAAAUUAAAUUCUCUGGAAUUUCGGCCUGGGUUGGCAGGCAGGUCCCUCAAAUUGCAAUCAAUAAAAUUACUGAAUUAUGUAAAAUAUUACAUAAAUACGCACGUAGAAUUUAAAUAUAUAUGCAUAUUUAUAUAUUUGAAGUCUACGUGUAUAUUUAUAUAAUUAUUUAUGUAAUUUUGUAUAUGGACGUAUGUAUAUUUCUUAUUAUUUUUAUUUAUUUUUAUAUUCAUAGAUAUAUAUACAAAUUCAUUCUAAGUGUAUUUUGAUAUAAAUAUAUAUAUAUUAAUUUUAAAAUACAGUUAGAAUAAAAUUUCAUAUAGGUAUAUAAUUUUUUUUAAAUUUUUUAUUAGUAUUUAAAAAAAAAUUUAUUUAAUUUAAAUUACUUAUUAUUUAUAUUUUAUAAUAAUAUAUAUAUACAAUAUAUAUAGUUAUUAUAUAUAUUAUAUAUAUACGUGUGUAAUUUAAUUAUAAGUGUAUUUUUAUAUUAAUAUAAGUACAUAUUAAUAUUAAAAUACACUUAGUAUGACAUUAUAUAUAUAUGAUAUAUAGACAUAUAUUAUAUAGAUAUAAUAUAUGUCUAUAUAUCAUAUUUAUACAUAUAUAAUUAUUAUUAUUUUUUUUAUUACCAUUAACUUUAAUUUUUUUUCUGAUUUUACACUAGCAGGGAGACUGCCUGUCAGUACAGGCAGUCCCCCUGCAGGCAGCACUAUGGACACCUAUUGUGACCAUGUGAUCGCUGUGUUAAGCGAUCACAUGGCCACAGGGGUCCUAAUCUGCCGUGGGGCUGCAGACAGUCUCCCCACAACCGGAGCCACGCUGAUCGCCGCCGGGGGAACGACGGCGAUCAGGUAAGUAGCUCUGACCGUUAGGACGGUUCAGGACCGUCAUCGGUCGGCAACGCAAAAAUGCCGAUGACGGUCCUGAACCGUCCUCGGUCCUUAAGGGGUUAAUGAAAUUUCUCUGUGUAUUAUGCAUUUAUAAAUGUACAUUCAUAUGUGUAAAUAUAAUAGGUAUAUAUAUAUAUAUAUAUAUAUAUAUAUAUAUAUAUAACUAAUACACACAUUAAUAUACAUGUCAUAUACUAGUGGCGGAUCCAGAGCCUGAGCCUAAGAGGGGCACUUGUAGAUUAUUUAAAGAAAUAUUCCAUGCACAAUAACCACUACUCCUCUGUGUAGUGGUUAUGGUGCCAGGAGCGUCGGCACCCCCUCCCAGAGUAAGUCGUCAAACCGUUUAAGAACAGUUUGACAACUUACCUGGAGUCUGCUGGGAUAUGGGGCUGUAGUAGGGUAUAGGAGCAGUGGUGCAAUGUGUGUGAAAGGUUCAGUGUGUGGGUGGGCAGUGUGUAAAUGUGUAUGGUGUGUGUGUGUGUGUGGGGGCAGUGUGUGAAUGUGUAUGGUGUAUGUGUGUGUGGGGCAGUGUAUGUAUGGGGCUAGAGUUCACUCCUACUACUGGGACCACCAGGAAGUGGUGAGAGUGAACUCUAGCCCGUAGCUCCAGGGCUAGAGUUCACCCUCGUGAGAGCCGGAGCGUUGCCCCAGGUCCUCUCUUCCUCCCCUGCCGACUGGCUGCACGGUGCCUGUGGAACGGGGAGGGAGAUCGGCCGGCAGGGGAAAGCUUUGGGGGGGGGGGCCCGUUGCCCCCCCCCCUCCAUCCACCAGUGAUAUAUACUGCCCCUAUGUGUGUCUCUUUAUCUCCAGCCCCUCUGUGUGCCUUUUUGUCUCCCCCAGUCACUCUGUAUGUUUCUUUCUCCCCUCUGUGUCAAUGUCUCCCCUCUCCUUCCCAGUCUCUCUCUCCCCCCUCUGCCUCUUUCUUCCCCUCCCCUUGUGUGUGUCUCUCUCAUUUCUCCCUCUUUGUCUCUCUCUUCCCCAUCUUCCUCUUUCACCCCCUUUCUCUGUGUCUCUCCUUCCUCCCCAUCUCUCUCCCUCCCCCUUUCCCUGUGUCUCUCCCCUCCUCCCCAUCUCUCUCCCUCCCCCCUUUCCCUGUGUCUCUCCCCAUCUCUCUCCCUCCCCCCUUUCCCUGUGUCUUUCCCUCCUCCCUCUUCCCUGUGUCUCUCCCCAUCUCUCUCCCUCCCCCCUUUCCCUGUCUCUCCCCUCCUCCCUCCCCCCUUUCCCUGUGUCUCUCUCCAUCUCUCUCCCCCCCUUUCCCUGUGGAUUGUGGUAGGGAGUGGGCCUGUAACUGAGGAGCUGGGGGGAGGAAGCGUUGUGGUGGGGAGCGGGCCUGUAACUGAGGAGCAGAGGGGAGGAAGUGUUGUGGUUGGGAGCGGGCCUGUAAUUGAGGAGCAGGGGGUGGAUGGAUUGUGGUGGGGAGUGGGCCUGUUACUGAGGAGCCUGGGGGAGGAAGUGUUAUGGUUGGGAGUGGGCCUGUAAUUGAGGAGCAGGGGGAAGAAGCAUUGUGGUGGGGAGCGGCCUGUAACUGAAGAGCAGGGCUAGGAAGGAUUGUGGUGGGGAGCGGCCUGUAACUGAAGAGCAAGGGGAGGAAGGAUUGUGGUGAGGAGCGGCCUGUAACUGAAGAGCAGGGGGAGAAAGGAUUGUGGUGGGCAGCGGCCUGUAACUGAAGAGCAGGGGGAGGAAGGAUUGUGGUGGGGGGCGGCCUGUAACUGAAGAGCAGGGGGAGGAAGGAUUGUGGUGGGGAGCGGCCUGUAACUGAAGAGCAGGGGGAAGAAGGAUUGAGGUGGGGAGCGGCCUGUAACUGAAGAGCAGGGGGAGGAAGGAUUGUGGUGGGGAGCGACCUGUAACUGAGAAACAGGGGGAGGAAGGAUUGUGGUGGGAAGCGGCCUGUAACUGAAGAGCAGGGGGAGGAAGGAUUGUGGUGGGGAGCGGCCUGUAACUGAAGAGCAGGGGGAGGAAGGAUUGUGGUGGGGAGCGACCUGUAACUGAGGAACAGGGGGAGGAAGGAUUGUGGUGGGGAGCGGCCUGUAACUGAGGAACAGGGGGAGGAAGGAUUGUGGUGGGGAUCGGCCUGUAACUGAUUACUAAAGUGCGAGUAGGAAUUGUAUUUAUUUGUUGUACGGUGUUUUCCUUGAUAUUUGCUAACGCUUUGUGUUUGUUUAAUAGCUGCAGGAUGUUUUUAGAAUUCUGGACAACGCUCACUGCCCACAUUUACAGAACAAGCCUAAAAUGUUCUUUAUACAAGCCUGCCGUGGAGGUGAGCUCUGCACAAACGUUGUUUUUUUCAAUUUAUAAUUUUUUUUUCUGUAGGUUUUUGCUGCCAGUGCUCUCUCAAUUCAAACGUUUUGGUUUGUACAACCUUUCAGAUUUCUGUUGUAUAUGCCAGUACAAACAAUGGAUGCUGCAGAAUUUGUGGCUUUUUAUGGUUAAUUUAUACAUUUCCAGCCAAAGCUGUAACCUAUUUAUUUCCAAUGCUGUUUUAAAUGGCUUCUUACUCCUAAAUGCACGAACAUGUCAGUCCUGUUUAAAGAGAGGCGGCUACUGGGGGAGGGGUGGGUUGAAUAGGUAGUUUAAGGGUUUAUUCACUAAACUAGGAGUUGUAAAUACACAAAGCACAUUAUAGGUCGAUUUAACCUAACUGGAAAAAUACUUUUGAAUUAUAAAAAUACGAUGUAGUAUGUUUGACAUGGCUACUGUGGAGUCCUGUCAUGUGUGAUAGAGAUAUACUGGAUACCGCACUCACCAAUUAACCCAGGUGUUCUGAAGCCAGGGCUGGCCAGGCCUCCCUUCCAAGAUAUACAGAAUAAAUAACGGUUCAGUCACACAUGGCAGAAUAAAUAACGGUUCAGUCACUCCACGAUAACAAAAAUAGCAGCUUUAUUGGGGGCAAAAACAGCAACGUUUCGAUCCUACCUAGCUUGAUAAAGACCCGGUAGGGUCAAAACGUUGCCGUUUUGCCCCCAAUAAAGCAGCUAUUUUUGUUAUCCUGGAGUGCCUGAACCGUUAUUUCUUCUGUCAUGUGUGAUGUCCAUAGAACUUAACCUUAGAUCACCCACUAUUAAGAUUAUUCACUAAACUGAAAAGAAUUCUGAUGGCAAAUUCAAAUUGAGGCGCCAAAAUUCAGGCUAAAAUAGCAAAUUUGGAAUCCUUCUCCAACUUAUCUAUAGUUUUAUGGCAGUUUUAACCUCAAACUUGAUUUCUGUUCAGUAUACUUGAUAAACAUUUUCGUGUCUUUUGCAACACGUAGCAUCCAGAAAGUGAAACAGAAAGUGUCGGGUAGGUAACCGCAAGCUAAAGUGUUUUGUGGGUCUAAAUGAUUCCUGUAUCUGAAGUCUGGAAUUUUUUGACAGAUUAUAUAAAAGUGGUGAUUUCUAUAGAAAUUGGCACUUUUAUAACUGGUGGCAGAAAACUGCUCCCUGGCUGCCACUUACACAGCUAAGGAGGCGGUUUUCUUCCACUUCCAUUAGCUCCACAGAAAUAACGAAAGUGGCCGGUGUGCUGGGCUUGAACUUACCCUCUUUCCCCCUUCUCAGUGAACAGCUGUACUAGAACUCAUUGAGAAGAAUUGGAAAGACGCAUGUGCACGUUCAUUGCUCCAGCACACUGGCUUCUCAAUGAAUAAUUCCAGUCUCAGACUGAAAUCUGUGUCGGUUAAAGAGGGGAGAACUUGCAGUGGCUACAGACAGUAGGUCUACAACCUUUGCAAGAUGCUUUUUAUUUUAUUUUUUAUUUCCAUAUAUCACCAAAGAAGAAAAAAAAAUACAUGCAUCUUUUCUAUGGGAGUACAUCUACUAAACAGUUAGGAAUUCCAAUGGAGUAUUCCUUUAAUAUGCCUAUGUGUUAAUUCAAUGUGAUUGUACACGUCCACUUUUGAUAUAAAUCCAUAUUCUUUAAGACAUAAGGAGGAAAUCAAAGUUUAAAGACCUCUCACAGUUUCUCAGGGAUGAUUUACUCCGCACAGGACACUGGUGGUGGUAUUUAUUUUAGGUGUUGCUAUUUUUGUAUAAUUAGGGAUUAUUUAUAAAAAAAAAAACCCAGAAGAGCCGUGAUGUUUCCUGCUGUUCUGAAUAAAUUUAACACGUUUCCAUCACAGAAGAGACAGACAGAGGAGUUGAUCAGCAAGAUGGCAGGGAGCAGUCUGCCUCUCCCGGCUGCGAAGAGAUGGACGCUGGAAAAGAGUCGGUGAAAGUGAAACUGCCAAAGCAGUCUGACAUGAUCUGUGCUUACGCAUGCCUCAAAGGUGAGGGGGCACUGUUACUUCCAGUCAUCCUUAAAGGCUUAUAGAGCACCAAUUAAACGAAGCCUGUUCCCAUCUAUCAAUUAGUUUGUUGGUUUCAAUAUAUUCUAUUAGAUCAAUCAUAUAUUUCAAUUGAAUCUCUAUUUUAUUAUUUUAUUUAAAACGGGGGUAGUCAAUCUUUUAAUACUUACCGCCCACUGGUGCAUCUUUGUUGAUGGUAACAUUUUCUUACCGCCCACUGGUGCCACAGUUACUAAAUUUGUUUAGCUGAAGUGCAAAUUUUUAAAAAAAAAAUUUUGCAAGGUUUUUUCUUUUUUUUUUUAAAUAUGCACUUAUUUAUUUAUUUAUUUUUGUAUCUACUUUAGGCAUGUUUAUACAUAUAUAAUUUAAUGAAUUUCCGCAUCUCCAUCAAUGCAGCGCCUGCCAGCUCGAGAACUGUUUAAAUUUAAGAAAAAUAAAGUUAAAUGUGAAAACAGUAAAGUUUAUUGAAAUUAUUAUUAAAUAUUUUGUAAAUAGAGGAAAUGAAAUUAUUUCAGAGUUUUCGAUGCCUGUGAGCAUGAUCUACACACCACCCAUUUCAUUAAGCUAAAGUUAUGGUACUUAGAGUGUUCCAUUAAGGACUGUGCAUACACACCUCCCAAUUUUGUGUUUGUCUUACUCAAAGUAAUUUUAUCAGUUUAGAAAAAGACAAUAAUUUAAAAAUAAGAAAAACCUUGUUACUAUUAUUUUGAAUUAUUUUUGUUUCCUUUCUAACUUUUUUUGUAUGUUUUCCUUAUCUCUGGCUCAGGGACUGUCUCUCUGCGGAAUACAAAGAGAGGAUCCUGGUUUGUAGAAGCACUUAUCUCUGUUUUUUCUCAGCAUGCCAAGAACACACAUGUGGCCGACAUGUUGGUGAAGGUAAUAAUCCGUUACAUUCUGUGUGUAGUCCAGGGAUCGAUGAAGUUAGGAGCUGGGUUAUAUUUAUUUUAAAAACACUCCAUAUAUGUAUCCUUUCAUUGGCUACAAAUAAACGGCCAUCACAAAUGUGAUAAAUGCAUGCAUGAGUAAUAUAUGGCUCCUAACAAGUUCUGGUCUUGUAGUUGUUCCUCUUCCUUCACCAUGCAACCUCAACUUUCCAAUUACUUAACCAUGAUGUACCCUCUGCUACUGCUGCUGUAUUUGGGUCUGCCUGCUAAACAGUAAGCUGUGAUGAGUUGACAAAUGAUAUAAAACAUUCGGCCAAAAUUGCAAAGUUGCAAAAAAAAUCUCUACAUUUUUAGUUGUCACUCAUCACAGCUCCCAGCAAAUCAGUUCUACACUCCAAAGUGUGUCUGGAUGAAUGGUACUGCGGCUCUGACCCUGAAUAUCCCAUAUAGCUUCAUCCUUCAUCUUUUAUUCUCCAUGCUGUACACGCACAACUACUUAAUUCCAUUUUACAGCACUAAGCAAUAUGUUGGCGCUCUUUAAAUAAUAGUUUGUGUCUUCCUUUCAUACUAAGCUCCAAGGUUUUAGUAACAUCACGACUGUUUUACAUGGCUGUAGUGCUGGGUUCUGGCAGCAAUUAGACUGUUGGUUUCCUGAUUUUAUCAAAUUAAUCGUGAUUGUUAAGCAAUGCCUUAGACGUGGGAAUGUAACUAGUGAAUUCACUGUUCUUUCCCUGUUUAGCUUUUAAAUGAAAGCCCCUUUGUCAAUGUCAUGUGCUGAUGUAUGUGUGUAAUGGGUCGCACAUCCUGACUCUUGUGGUGUCUUUUUUAGGUGAAUGCUUUGAUAAAAGAGCGGGAGGGACACGCUCCGGGCACCGAAUUCCAUCGCUGUAAAGAAAUGUCCGAAUAUUCCAGUACUCUGUGCCGCAAUCUCUACCUUUUCCCUGGCAUUCCUGGCUUAUAAUGGUUCUGUAAAUACUGCCACAACGAGCCAGCUCUUAGAUACAUGGUGUUUGCAAUAUGCGAAUAUGCUUUAUUUUUUUGCAGAAAUCUUCUUGUCUUCCAGAUUUUUUUUAUGUACAUUUUUUUAUAACUGAUAAAUAUUGUAUAUCUGAUAGUAUUAUGAUACUAUUGCGGCUCGGUUGCUUUCCCAAAGAGUUACUCUCACUGAGUGAGAGAAUUCCGGAGUGUCCACUUAUUUUAAACCCAAUGUACUACAGAGGUUCUCACUGGUUUCUGUUCAAUCAGGAAAUCUAUGGAGCUUAUUCCUUAACAUAGUACAUGGUACAUGUUAUUGGGGUUCUUUUUACCAAGCUAUCUCUGAUUGAUAAAGCAUUUCUGAUUCAGGGGUGCAAGCUUGUAGGGACCCUUUAUUCCUUAACCUGGUAUUAUGCCAACAGUUCCAAACCCCUCUCCCCCCCCACUGACACUUUUACAAAUCAUAACUUUGUAUUAUUAUUUCGCCUGAACGGCCUGUAGAGAAUAAGCCCCUUUCCGUUAUUUUACGGGGGCCGAUUUUCCAAGUGACGGGAAAUUAGACAUUCCACAACAAUCGUCACACAAUAAACCAGUGGAUACACCCUUACUCGCAGUAUAAUUACUGUAUUUUACAAAACUAAAUUUAUAUUUAAUAAUGAAUACAGCUCGUAUUCCAAAUAUCAUGUGCAUGUUUUUGUCCUGAACCACCUUCUAAAACAUUGGCAUAUACUUAAUGUCAAAAAUGUCACGGGACCAGCUACGUUUAUUGCGUCCGCCUUUGUGGCGACCUCUGUCUCAGGUCUGUCUCACACUGCCAAUGUUCUAUGUGUUUAUGCUCACCAAACCUUUUCUGCUAACAGGAUGUGUUAUAUACCAUAUGUCACUUUAUUUUAUACAACUAUCAAAUGAUAAUAAAUUUUUUAUUACAAUUCGUGUUUUGACAGGUCAUUCUCUGAACAGAAACAUUUAAUGUAAAGCUGAAGGAUUAAUGGGAGCCAAAUUGUUUCAUCAUUAAAAAUGCAUAUCAGUAUGUUUAAAUGGUAAAAACCCAAUUAAAUUGUCUGAUUUUAAUGAAUGCAUUGUUUGUAGACCUCUUACAGUGCUUGAAGAGGAAAUUACUUCUAUCUGGAAGGCAGGGACUCCCAUUCUCCCUACAGAUUACCCACAGGUAACUGCGACCAG